GCCGGUUCUGACCUGUUCCCACCGGUCGGGGGCGCGGGGCGGCGAGUGCCGCGGCGGUGGCCGGUGAGGGGAGCCUUGGCGCGGCUCUCCGCAGCUGACGUGCUGCUCGGCCUCCUGUGCUUUGACGACAGUGUCACAGCAGUGUCGGCCGGAAGAUAAGCGGUGCGAGAUGCGGAAGGAGGGGUUGCGUGUGAUUUGAACGUUCUCUCUGCAUUAGGCUCAACUUCACGAUGCUGAGGGGAGUCACUCACGGUGCAAAAGGUACAUUUACUUUUUUGUUGGCAAGACCUCAGCACCAUAACCGGGGAUUGAAUUUUUCAUCAGUACGGACUGAAGCAGCCAACAGAAGCUUCCUAAUCUGCUCCACUUACACAACUGACACAAAAUCCAGAGAGGAGAAUAAAAAAACCAUUGAGAGUCUCUACAGAUUGUCCAUUGAUGUUAAGAAAAUACGCAGACUAAAGGAAUGGGUCCUUCUCCAGGAUGUGGCCUACGUUCAAGAAAUCGCCGGUAUUUUACAGGAAAUGGGAGCAGACAAGGCCGCUGUAGCCAACAUUUUAGAACGCUGUCCAGAGGCAGUUCUCCAUACCCCUGCAGAGAUAAACUCUCAAAGAGCUCUAUGGCAAUUAGUAUGCCAGAAUGAAAAACAAUUAAUUAAAUUAAUAGAGCAGUUUCCAGAGUCUUUUUUUACUACUGAGUAUCACGAGAACCAGAAGGCAAAUAUACUGUUUUUUCAAGAGUUGGGACUUAAGAAUAACAUAAUCACCAGGUUCUUGACAAGCGCACCUAAUAUUUUCUAUAAUCCUGUGGAGAAAAACAAAGACAUUAUAGAGACAUUACAAAGAAAUUAUUUAAGUUUAGGAGGUUCUGAUGCAAAUAUGAAGAUCUGGAUACUGAAGCUAUUGAGCCAGAAUCCAUUUAUUUUAUUGAAUAACUCCACUGCAAUCCGGGAGAACUUGGAAUUUCUCCAGAAGAAUGAUUUCACUGACCAUGAAGUUCUGCAGCUGCUGUCCAAACUUAAAGGUUUCAUUUUUCAACUCACUGCUUCUACUAUGCAGGAGAGUAUGAUUUUUUCCAAAAGAGUCUUUAAGUGCAGCGAUCAAGAAUUAAAAGAUCUCGUGCUGAAGUGCCCAGCCCUUCUCUACUAUUCUGUUCCAGUCUUGGAAGAAAGACUUGAAGGACUUCUGAAGGAAGGAAUUUCUGUAGCACAGAUUAAAGAGACACCAAUGGUGCUGGAGUUGACAACGCAAAUUGUCCAGUACCGAAUUAAAAAACUCUCUGCUUUGGGAUAUGAUAUCAAGAGUGGAACUCUAGAAAGCUUGAAUGGUACUAAGAAAGAUUUUGAAGUCAAUUAUGGUAAGAUACAAUCGAAGAAGGAGAGACCUAUUUUUAAUCCUGUUGCUCCUAUACACGUUGAAGAGUAAUUUGAAUACUGUACUUUGAAUUAUGCAAAUAUUAUGAAAAUUGUCAAAGAGGAAAAGAUGAUGGUUCUUUGAGAAGAGCUGAAACAAAAUUAAUCUUAACCAGACUGUAGUCCUACACUGUACUUUGUCCUGGAGCAAGUCAUAGGCACAACUUCAUUAUAAAAUUGUAGCUUUCUAAUGCUUUCAGAUAAUAUCACAGAACCUGGUUAUGAUAAAGGUUGCUUUUUUUUUUUUAGCACAGGGAGUACCUCACAUGUUUGGGGCUUUUUUUGUUCUGUUACAUUUCCUUCUCUAACAGGGCAUUAACUGGUUUGGAUUUAAACUCUGUUACUGCACAGUCCAGCUUGUGGCAGUGAUUAGCACAAUCUUUAUCUGAGAAAGAGAAAUGGAGGAUUAUUUUUCCAGCAGUGUUCAUCAACCCAGUGGUUCACUGAUGCUUGGAAACUCUCUUGGAGUUCAGUUGUGUCUUGCUGCAGUAAAGAAACUACAAGACAACCUCCUUUA